AUGGAUUCGUUUAUAAAAAUACGCGGCGUCGAUAGCGUAGGAGAAGCUAGACAGUCUGAUGAUAAAGAAGAAAAAUGGUCAAACGCAAACCAAGCCACGUUCUGGAUGGCGAGAUCUAUGAGGAACUUCGCGAUGACUAAGCAAACCAAGGAGCGAGUAAAAUUAUUAAAUACGCUAUUCGAGAGCAGAUACACACAAUCAGCUAGAUCUCGCUUGUGCCCGGAUACGAUUGUUGCCGAAAACGUGAUAACGAAACAGUACCUCGCAAGCUCUGGCGCAGUGGAGGAUAAUGCAUAUGUUUCCCGAUUUCUCCAGCUGUGCAUAAAACGUGAUAACGAAACAGUACCUCGCAACGUUGUGGUCAAGCUCUGGCGCAGUGGAGGAUAA